AUGGAUGGAAGUGGAGGUUGCGUUAUCGUCCUUGGUCUGGACACUAUUCAUGCAGAGGCAGUACACAAAAGCGUGGGAAACAGCUGUGCUGUUUAUAUUAGGUCGUACGAAAACCCUCAAAUACCAACGAUUUUCACUCUCUUCCUUUCUGCCCCAACACGACACGAGUUACUAUGCAACACCAACAGCUGCUGCAGCAUCCAUCAUCUGGAUCAGGAGAAGCAAAUUGAGGAAUUAAACUCAGAGGUGGAACAAGCAAGUCAACGGUGUGAAGGGUAUCGAACGAAACUCAUGGCUGUUCUGAAAGAUAUGGAGGAACAGAAGCUGAAGUUGUCUGAAGGUUCAGAAUGUGAGGCUUAUUCUGAAGGACUAAAAGCGAAGUAUUAUUAUUAUGAGGGGACGAGAUAAUGGUUUUUGCAUGUAAACUAACAGAAACUUGGGGGGUAUGGAAUAGAUAGUGCAUUCUGCUGUAUAUAUAUUAACCUUAGCUAUCAAUUUGCAAUGUGCAGUAUAGAAUUUCACUGUAGAGAUUUAUGCAGACUGACAGACUUUUAAUACCUGGUUUAUGUUUGAUUUUAGAAG